AUGAAUACUCCCAGAAACAUUGCAGCAGGUGUACAACCUUAUGAGGAUUUGGGCAAUACGAAAGGGAAAUCCUUUUUAACACUCAUCAUAUUUUUUGUGGGCAUUAUCAAUAUGAAUAUAAUGCUUUUAAGUGAAGUUAUCUUUGUUAUAAUGGCUGUGGUAAAUGGUAAUAAUUUCUUGGAGGCCACCAUGACCAUGUCCUAUAUUGGUUUUGUUUUAGUGGGAAAUUGUAAAAUGUUAUUUGUUUGGAAACAAAAAUCUGCCUUAACUAGAUUUGUUACGGGUUUGAAGAGAAUUUUUCCUGAAGACUUGGAACAACAGGAAUUAUAUCAGUUGCGCAAAUAUCUGAAGCAGUGUUCCAGAAUAACCAUGAGCUUUUCUUUACUUUAUAUGAUCUUAAUAUGGACUUAUAAUCUCUUUAGCAUUGUACAAUAUGCAAUUUAUGAUCGUUGGUUGAACAUUCAUCAGCUGGAGCAAACUUUGCCUUAUUUAAUGUAUAUACCCUGGGAUUGGCACAAUCAUUGGUCAUAUUAUGUGUUAUAUGCAGCUCAAGAUCUGGCAGGUUAUACCUCGGCAGCCGGACAAAUAGCUAGUGAUUUAUUUUUAGUUGCCUGUGCCACACAGCUGAUAAUGCACUUUGAUUAUCUUUCCAGUACAAUUGCUCACUAUCAGAGUAAAGUAGGUAAAAGAGGUCUAAGUAUUACACAAGCCCAAGAAUCAGAUAUGAAUUUCUUAAGGAAAAUGACCAAAUAUCAUGCCUAUUUAUUGGAUUUAUCCGAACAAAUCAAUAAUGUUUUCGGUUUGCCUUUGCUUUUAAACUUUAUCACUUCAUCUUUUGUCAUUUGUUUUGUGGGCUUUCAAAUUACUAUUGGCGCCUCUCCGGAAACUGUAGCCAAAUUGAUUUUAUUUUUAUUCUCCUCAGCCGCUCAAGUCUAUUUGAUUUGUCACUAUGGUCAACUACUAAUAGAUGUGAGUACGAAUGUAGCCCAUGCUGUUUACAAUCAAAAUUGGAUCCCAGCAGAUGUACGUUAUCAAAAGAUGUUGAUUCUAAUAGCAGAACGUGCUCAAAAACCGGUACAAUUAAAGGCCACAACAUUUGUUCAUGUCUCACGCGGCACCAUGUCGGAGAUCAUGCAAAUUUCGUAUAAAUUCUUUGCGGUUUUGAGGACCAUGACAACUGCGAACGCACGUACCAUGAAGUUAGCCACUUUCGAUGAUUUUAUGAAAUUAGCCAAUUUCUUUUACACCACCGUUGGCAUACAACCGUACAACAAAGAGGAUGCUUCUAAAGACAACUACAACAAGCUUAUGGCGACAGUGAUAUUUUACACGGGUGUUAUUAACAUGAAUUACGUGCUGUUUAGCGAAAUAUUAUAUGUAAUAAUGGCUUUGGUGAAAGGUGAAAAUUUUGUAGAGGCCACCAUGACUAUGUCCUAUAUUGGUUUUGUGUUAGUGGGAAGUUUUAAGAUGUUCUUUGUGUAUAAGAGUAAAAAUGAUUUAACUAAAUUCGUCAAUGGUUUGCAGCAGAUAUUUCCCAACACACCAGAACUGCAGGCAGAGUACAAUAUGCCGUAUUAUUUAAAACAAUGCUCUCGCAUAACUUUGAGUUUCUCCGGUCUUUACAUGAUUCUAAUAUGGACAUAUAAUCUUUUUAGUGUAAUACAAUAUUUGAUAUAUGAAUUAUGGUUGAAUAUACGUGAAGUGGGACAAACAUUACCAUACUAUAUGUAUAUACCCUGGGAUUGGAAUAAUCAUUGGUCAUAUUAUUUGUUGUAUGCCUCACAAGAUUUUGCAGGAUAUACCUCGGCAGCUGGACAAAUAUCGGGUGAUUUAAUGCUUACAGCCUUUGCUACACAACUUAUUAUGCAUUAUGAUUAUACAUCUUACAAAAUUGCCAGCUAUGAAGUAAAGCGUAGUUUAAAGGGUAUAAAUGAGGAUAAGGGUUAUGCUCAGGAUAUGGAAUUCUUAAGGAAAAUGAUACAAUAUCAUACAAAUCUAUUGGAUUUAUCUGAUCAAUUAAAUAAUGUCUUUGGCAAACCUUUACUUUUGAACUUUGCCACCUCUUCGUUUGUCAUUUGUUUUGUGGGUUUUCAAGUAACCGUUGGCGCUACACCGGAUACUAUAUUGAAAUUACUAUUAUUUCUAUUUUCCUCUAUAGCUCAGGUCUAUUUGAUUUGUCAUUAUGGUCAAAAUUUAAUAGAUUCGAGCACCAAUAUAGCUCAAGCUGUCUACAAUCAAAAUUGGAUUGCUGCCGAUAUACGUUAUCAGAAAAUGUUAAUAUUAAUAGCAGAACGUGCUCAAAAACCCGCCAUUCUAAAGGCAACCUCAUUUGUUUUGGUUUCUAGAGGCACCAUGACAGAGGUUAGAUCAUCCAAUUUUUUCUAUACCACCACUGGUAUGGUUUUCGUAAAAACGGAAAAGCUUACCUUGGCAAAAACUCUAUUAGCUUCGUUUAUCUUUUACGCAAGUGUUAUAAAUAUGAAUUAUGUUUUAAGUCUCGAAGUAGUUUAUGUCAUUUUAGCCAUCGUAAAUAAAACUAACUUUCUAGAAGCCACCAUGACUCUAUCGUAUAUUGGUUUUGUGGUAGUGGGCAAUUUUAAAAUGUUAUUUGUUUGGCGCAAGAAAGCAGAAUUAACCAAAUUAUUAAAUAACUUAAAGUACAUAUUCCCUGAAAAACCUCCACAGCAGAAGCAAUACAAUCUACACUACUAUUUGUCACAGUGUACACGCAUUACUAUAGCAUUUUCGCUCAUCUAUAUGAUUGCCAUUUGGACUUAUAAUCUCUUUACGGUUACACAAUUUCUUAUCUAUGAAAAAUGGUUGAAAAUACGUCAAAUUGAAAAGAUUUUACCAUAUUUAAUGUAUACACCUUGGGAUUGGUCAGAUCAUUGGUCUUAUUAUGUCCUGUAUGUAUCACAAGAUUUUGCUGGUUAUACUUCGGCUGCCGGACAAAUAUCGGGAGAUUUAUUAUUAAGUAGCUGUGUCACACAAAUGAUAAUGCAUUAUGAUUUUUUAACCAAAGCUAUAGAGGAGUAUAAACCCAAGUUAUUGGAUAAAGGAGUAACGAAAGCAACAGGUUUUAGACAAGAUAUGGAAUUUUUGAUUAAUAUGAUACAAUAUCAUUCCUAUUUGUUGGACCUUUCCUAUCAAAUGAACAAUAUUUUCGGUUUACCCAUUUUACUUAAUUUUAUCGCUUCAUCAUUUGUGAUUUGUUUUCUGGGCUUUCAAAUGACUACUGGUGCCACGCCAGAGACUUUGUUGAAACUAAGCUUAUUUUUAGCCAUUUCUAUAGCUCAAAUUUAUCUAAUAUGCUAUUAUGGUCAAGAGCUAAUUGAUUCGAGUGUCAAAGUAGCCAAAGCUGUUUAUAAUCAGAAUUGGCCCACUGCUGAUGUACGUUAUCAGAAAAUGUUAGUUUUAAUUACGGCACGUGCUCAAAAACCUGCCCAGCUGAAGGCAACCGAUAUGGUCUUAAUAUCAAGAGAAACAAUGACACAGCUUAUCCAGAUAUCCUACAAAUUUUUCACCCUACUAAGGACUAUGUAUGUGAAAAAAUAA